GUGCGUGCGUGCGUGUGUGUGUGUGUAUGUGUGUAUGUGUGUGUCGGCUCGGCUGGGCACGUACAGUACGGCAGCUUACAGUGAGCAGAAACGCACGAUCGCUGCAUGCAGGCUGACGUGUGCGCGGAGCGCGCGGCGGUUCCUCACUGAGUCGCAUCCCGGGCACGAGCCAUGGACCUAUUCGAGUUCGACUUCUUCAGGGACUGGGAGCUCGAGCAGCAGUGUCAUUACGAGCCGGACCGCAGUGCACUCAAGAAGAAGGAGUGGGAAAGGAGGACCCAGGAGGUGCAGCAGGAUGAAGAUUUGUUCUCCUCUGGCUUCAAUCUGUUCGGGGAGCCAUACAAGACCAGCAAAGGUGACGCCCUGGCCAGUCGUGUCCAAAACACGCUGGGGAAUUACGACGAGAUGAAAGAGUUGCUGACCAGCCAGUCCAAUCAGAGCCACCUAGUGGGCAUCCCCAAGAGCUCCGUGCCGCAGACACCCGUGGAGAAAUCAGAGCAGCCAAGCUUCUUCUCUGAGGGUCAGAGGUCACGGUCAGGCCCCCCUCAGUCUGCCACUUCCAUGGCCCCUCCAGUUCCAUCCUCCUCUUCGUCGUCUUCGUCCUCCAUGUCCGGCUCUGCUCUUAUGCACGGCCACCAGGGAUCCAAGAAAUCGCGGACGUCGGACUGGUCUACGGGAGGUCAGCAAACUUCUGGGACAGGGUCUCUGUGUGGGAGGAGCAAGCAUGGGACUGCCUCUCAUGACACCUCCCAGGUCAGGCAUGAGGACCUUUUCGGUGGCCAAGGGGAAACGCACAAGGGAGAUGCUAGUCCUGCUGCCUCGUCUUCUCAUUCCCGGAGGCAUGGGCCACCUGCUAAGGCUCCACCCUCUGAUCCAGCUUAUAAGGAGGUGGGCCACAGCAAGUCGCCGGGGGAGCCAGACCCUACUGCUCACGGCUCCUCCUCCCCAGUGGCCUCCACCUCCCUGUUGCCCAGCGGCCUCUCCACACCCACCUUUCCCCAAGGCCUCCACUGCAAGUCCAGUGCCGUCCAGCAGAAGCCCACAGCCUACGUGCGGCCAAUGGAUGGCCAGGACCAGGUACCCAAUGACUCUCCGGAGCUCAAGCCCCCUGUGGAGAUUGGAGAUGGAUACAACCCUUCCUUCGGUGGCCUGAUGGAUGGGAAGGCCGGGGGCACCACCUCCAAGAGCAAGCUGCCAAAACUGACCCUGCCGUCGCAGGGAGAGGUCGGCCUUCCUGGCGACUCCAGCUGCGUGGAGGACAUUCUUCGGGAGAUGACCCAUUCCUGGCCCCCGCCCUUGACAGCCAUCCACACGCCAGGCAAAGCCGAACAGACCAAAUUCCCCAUCCCGUCCAAGGACACGCCGCACUUAACCUCAGGAUACAAUGGACAAAAGCGGUGCAGCAUUCCCAGCAGCAAGGCUCCCAGCAAGGCCGUGCCGCAGAAGUCAAUGCUGGAGGACGACCUGAAGAUCAGCAGCGAUGAAGAUGAUGGCGAGCAGGCUGCUGAGAAGACCAAGCCGGGAAGCGGCCCCCUGAGCCUCCCCGGACCAGUGGCUCGGAGCACCGAACCCGGUCACUCCAGCGGCGCCUCGGGCAGCUCCAGCGAGUCUGAGAGCAGCUCAGAGUCCGACUCGGACAGCGAGAGCAGCUCCAGCGACAGCGAGGCGAACGCGGCUUCCCGAACGGCCACGCCCGAGCCGGAGCCAACAUCCACCAACAAGUGGCAGCUGGACAAGUGGCUGAACAAGGUGAACCCGCACAGCAAGGCGCUCAUCCAGAGCCAGCCGGAGAGCCAUGAGCCCAGCAGCGGUCAGGCUGAGGAUGGCACUUCCACAGAGGGCCUACCGCCGGGAAAGGGAAAGCCCUCGGGCGUGGCGCCACCUCCGGACACCAAGGAUAGGGCAUUGCUUAGCCCCCUGCGAGAGAAAGCUAAGCCUCGGACUGGGCAGAAAGCCCCCGAGGGUAAGAGCACUAGGGUCAAGUCCCCUGGGGUUGGAGAGCUGGCAGUGCCGCGGAGAAGCACGGGCAAGAAGCAGCCCCGCAGGGCGGAAGAGACAAACGGCAAUCCUGGCAAUACUGUAACCACACCCAAGGAGAAGGAGCCCCCACCGCCCCCAGAGCCGCCCAAAGCCAGGGGCAAAGGUGCCCCCAGGAAGGAGCCGCGGGGCACCGCUACAGUUGCUCCACCUGCUCCCCAGGACAAGAAGAAGCACCGGGGGCCCAGCAAAAUCAUCCCCAAGUCCAAGGAGUUCAUCGAGACGGAAUCUUCUUCUUCCGAGUGCCACUCAGAGCCGGAAGAGCUGGCUAAGGCGCCUCCUCCCUGCUCGGGUCCCGGUGGUCUGGGACCCCUCAAACCCAAAGACUGUGGCGGUAACUUGCUGAGUGUCAGCAGCCUGGCCAGCACCAGCAGUGCCUCCAUGCUAGAGCCAGGCACCGCCGACUUGUUGGAGGACCCGCUCUUCUCUCCGAUCCCCUUGGCACCCAACGAACCACUGUCCCCACUUCGCGACCUCGAUGAGGUCAAAUCCCUGUGGGUCAAGAUCGAGCUCAGCUUCCUGAGCCGUGUGCCCGGGAGGGACCCCCCCGAACCGCCCCCGGCCAAAGUGGAGCCCCGAGACCCCGGCGUCCGACACCGGCGCCAGUCGCCAGCCUCCACGCCGGCAGAGAAGCCCUCCAGCAAGUCCAAGCGGAAACACAAGACGGAGACGUGCGAUGCCGUCGGCGGGAGCAAGAAGUCGCGGCUGGAGAAAGAGAGCGCGGUGUUGCCCCCAUGCAUCUCCCCCGUGCACAGCCACAAGCUCACCAGCUCCAAGGAGUCAUCGAAAAAGCAACCCAAGAGGCGAGAGGAGAAGCUCCUUCCCCCGCUGCUGUCGCCGCUCUCCGAUGAGCCCACGCGGCAGUUCCGCUCUAAUGUGUGUGUCUCCGUUGGCCAGGAGGGCGGCGCCGCCACCGCCGCGGGGACAUCCUCCUCUUCCUCGCACAAGCACCGCAAGGGGGAGAGCAAGUCAGGCGCCCACGCCAAGACGACCAGCGACGAUGACUCCCGCGGCAAGCCUUCCAGCGGUUUCCAUGGCAACGGGCAGCCCGACACCGACCUGUGGUCCAACCCGCCAUCGGCGUCGACCGACCAUCUGGAGCCCAGGAGGCCCAAGCUGAUGUUCAGCGACACACUACACAACGCCGACUAUUAUAUGCAGGAGGCCAAGAAAUUAAAGCACAAGGCAGACGCUCUGCUGGAGAAGUUUGGCAAAGCUGUGAACUACGCUGAUGGCGCACUGUCCUUCAUCGAAUGCGGGAACGCCAUGGAGCGGGACCCCCUGGAGGCCAAGUCCCCCUACACCAUGUACUCAGAGACGGUGGAGCUCAUCAGGUAUGCGAUGAGGUUAAAGAACUUCACCAGCCAUUCCGCGACGGUCGCCGAGAAGAAAUUAGCUGUUUUGUGCUAUCGCUGUCUAUCCCUCCUGUACCUGAGGAUGUUUAAACUCAAGAAAGACCACGCAAUGAAGUACUCGCGCACUCUAAUGGAGUACUUCAAGAGCUCGGCGAAGACUUCCCAAGCACCUUCACCCUGGGGAUCCAAUGGAAAGAGCACGGGUACGCCAUCGCCCACGUCGCUGAGCCCAUCGCCGGUGAGUUCGGCGGGAAGCAGCGGUGGCCCAGUAGGACCGGCGUCAGGCGGCACCGUGGUCAUCCCCCAGCGGAUACACCACAUGGCCGCCAGCCACGUCAACAUCACCAACAACAUCCUGCGCAGCUACGAGCACUGGGACACGGCAGACAAGCUGGCCCGCGAGAGCCAAGAGUUCUUUCAGGAGCUGGACUCUGUGAUGGAACCGCUGACCCAACACAGCAGCAUGACGGACCUGGUGCGCUAUAUCCGCCAAGGACUGCACUGGCUCAGGCUCGAGGCCCACUUGUUAUAGAACUGGGACCGCCGCCGCUGUGCGCCAUCUUUCACCUCCAUCACUACCUCUACCAGCACGUUCCAUUUCCAGCCAAUCACAGCCCUCCGGAGGCCGCCCGUCACUACGCCCACGCCUCUUGGCUUCUUCUCCUCGUUCGUCUGUUUGUUCGUUGGGGCCUUUGUUUUGUCUUGUUUUGUUCUCGGCUGCUUAGGAAACUUGAAGAGUCCCACUGGAUUCGAAGGGAUUUCGAGAUUUCCCCCGAAAGCGAAUCGCAGAAUCGCGUCUUUUCCC